CAUAAUUGCACCAUGUCAGGCGCUGCUAGCUCGAGCAGCUCCGACAAGGACAAGGGCGUGCUUAACGCGGGGGUUGCCGGAGUCGUCCGUGGCACGCUACGCUCUACAAUGCGCUCCAUGGCACCGCGACUAGCUCGAUAUCGUCCCAAGUUGCGACCACCACGGGUGCCCGUGAAGGAAGGCACGGCCAUGUUCCAUGGGUCCGCAUGCAUGCUCAUCACACACUUGCUAUCAUGGACGUCAUUAUAUCAUUGUAACUAGCGUCUUGGAAGCUGCCCAUCAUCAAGCAGUGCACAGUGCGCCAGAACAUGAAAACGGAUACCUUCGGAAGCGUAUCGUCGCCCAAGCUCCUGGGCUAGCGCGCACGGCUGUCCUCGGGUUUAUACUGUGGACGGCAUACGACAUUGCGAUUGAACACCUGUCGGAACGUCAAACCCACAAAUCUCUUGGCUCGACCGUGUGGAUCUCCAUGGUAGCUGGGGGCUCGGCGGGGGCCCUUCACGGAGUACUUACAGGAGCCACGGACAAGUUCUUCUUUCCCCAACUUGCGGUGGCGGAUCGUCCGAGUCGGCUGGGGGGCGUGACCUUCAGCCAUGGGCUGUCCCAUAUGGCAAUGUUUGCCACCUACCAAAGUAUUCGAGCAUACGUGGUGGACAACAGGGAGUGGCAUCCCAUGGCUGGCAUCGUCGCAGCCGGCGCCGUGUCCGGGGUGGCGGUGGACGUCGUGUCGCAUUUGACAGCGCCGUUUGAACACGUGGCGUUGUACGGAAGAACCCCCCCCCAACUCGGUUACAAGCGUGAUGCAAUCUCUGAUCGUUUGGGAUGGAUAGCGCCGACGCGUGUAGACAUUUCAAGUAUGUGAAACUGCCCCCUGCGUCCGAGAUGGCCAUUUCAGCGGGGGCCACCGUCGUGGGCUGGGUCGCGUUUGAAAGGGCCAAGGAGAUGCACAACAACUGAGAGUCAACUAUUUACAGACGAGUUUGCAUCCAAUCACAUGUGUACACCACCAACGUUAUACACAUCGAUCGCACACUAUCUCUAGUCGACACACACAUUCCCGUCAUCGGCGACUUAGGAUAACUACCUAGUCAUAAGGACUCGAAUAACUGCGCAGGA